AUGACUAGUAUCAACCCACCUACAGGCAAAGUAUUCAACCUCGUCGGGUCCUACUUUAAGCGCUUGCAAUUCAAGAUUGUAUCCGGGCUUAUGCACGAGAAUGACGUGCACCAAGUUGUGUUUCGACGUCUAACAGUCUUGUCAAAGAACAAAUCAUUCCCAUGGCAUGAUGACUCGGUACAAGAGGACAACAGGAAGACAAAGGAGCGUUCUAUCCUUGACCAGGGUGAAGACCGUAAUUGCUUUCUUUAUCUCACUGCAGAAGCCAUACGCUUGAUACGAACGCCUGUUGUUGCUGUUUCCCCCUUCGUCGUGGUUCGCUUCGUGAUGAUAUUCUUCAGGACAUGUACCGACAGCUCGAGGUCGGCAUCCUGGUUUAUGCGCGUUUCAACCAUUCCUAAUCUCUACGGUUUCCGGUCUUCGCAGGUGCUCUGCCUGCUGUCGAACGAGCGAUGUAUUAGCGGAACGAGUUGGGGAAGUCGUCUGAGAUGCGCAGAUGAUCGCGAUACAGUAGUGGAUAUUCAUAAACCACAAGAUCUCAAGGCGAAUUCAAAAGAAGUUCAGUCCCGUUUGCAGUGUUUCUCGCCACACGAAAUCCACAAGUAUUAUUGCUACUAUUACAUGCUCAAGCAGACAGAUUUUCCUCUGGAAUCUGCAAACAAGUACAACAAGAUCUGUGAAGGAAUGAUCAAGGCGCUCCGAUCAGUCGAAAGGUCCCAAAGCUUGAUCUCUCAAACCGAUAAGAUUUCCGUUGUCUUCUCUGAUAAUGCAAAGAGCGUCUUGGGAACUCUCGCGACUCAAAGUUUGCAGCGAGGAUGGGGAUGUGGUCCAACUCGAGACCCUGGUACGGCUCGACUCGAAGCCUUCAUAAAGUGGCCAGGUCCUAGAUCUGCUCAUAGAGCUCGGAUGAUCUGUGCUAUCGCCCAUCGAACGACACCGUUCUUGAUCCUUGUUGUUUCUGAACGCGCUUUCCGAUAUGUCCGGCAGAUCUAG